AUGGUUGUAUAUACAGUGUUUCGAGGCAUUUUAUUGUCUUUUCUGUUAAUCGAUCAUAGAUUUUUGGUAAAGUGCUCACCUAAAAAGGAUCGAGCUCCACCGCCUCCAAAUAACGAGAUAACCCAAAGUGAUAUCAACGCCACUAUUAUACCAACUAAAGAUGAAUCGGAUCUUUCUUCAGAUUUAAGUCAGGUAAUCUUUGUAAGUCCUGACGGUGCUCCUGAAAGGCCAUCUUAUUCCAAUGGUAUUGCUAGCGCUGAUUCUGAAGAACCAUCACUUACCAGUCUUGUCGAGAAUGCCGAACCAGUUAAAACGGAAGAAACAGAAAUUAAACACAAAACUGGAAUUGAUUUGGACGUAGAAAAUAUGUUCAGCAAGUAUUAUUCGUAUAAGAAAGAUGGUUAUACUGUUACAUACACUGCAAAAAGUGAAUACCUGUUCACUUUGGUUAAAAGGUAUAGUACUGUUUUAUGGAAAGCAAAAAAUUCCAGAGAAUACUCAGAUAAAGUGGUCUUCGAUUGCGCAAUGAAACGGGUUACUAUAUUUCAGUUAGACGGUAAGAAAAAAAUAUUCCAAAGGGUAAAGUCUGGAUGUUGCAUGAGAACUAAGUGGGAAGAAAUAGUUGAAAUUUCAGGGUAA